AUUAAAAUUAAUGGGACUGUGUUCAUCUAUGCAUCAUGAAACUGAUUUAUCAGCACCUCUAAGAAUGAAAGCUAUUCAAAUAUUUUAAAAAAUUGAUAAAGAAAAUAAAGGUGUAAUUGAUAAGAAAACAACACAACAAUUUUGGUAUUAAUUCUUUUAAUUAUAUCUUAAGGUAAUCUAAUUUUGCUAAAAUUAAUACUGAAGCAUUAUUCAAAGCAGUAGAUUUUGAUAAUUCUGGUGAUAUUACAAUUUAAGAGUGGUUAACAUUUUGGAAGAUUGUCAAGAAAACUGGAUAUACUGAAUAAGAAAUUAAUGAAGAAGUAAAGCAUAAUUUCUAUUUAAAGCUAGAUGAAUUAAUGUAAGGAAAAGCUUGGGUUUAAUUUAGAAUUGUAGAUUAAUUUAUUUAAGUUGAUAAAAAUAGAAGGAGAUCUUAAAUUCCUUAAAUUGUUAUGUAAGAAUAAAUGAUGACUUUGAGAAAAACAAAAACAGUUGAAAUCAAAUGAUUAUAAUUUUAUUCAUAUUUGUA